UCGCCCACAGUGAAGCGCCCACCUACACACUCUCUCUCCUCGCGUCCACGGCUUCCGCGCCCCGACACCCCGCACGGCGACGCCAGCUCAGUCGCCCGCGCCGCAGUGCUGGGAUCACCAGUCGCCAGGCCAGCGCGAGGUUGUACGCGGCAGGACGACGAGGCGGCCCGGCGCGCUCUCCCCGCGCCGCCGCCGGGGUCGCGGGGGACGAAAUGCCGGCGUGUUCGGAAGCAGAUCGGUGACCUGACCUCCCCCGCGCGGCGGGAUUUCGGCGGCCGGAAGGCUGGAUCUUUGAUUCUUGAGGCGAAUGGUGGUGGAGGGGAGGAGGAGGGGGGGUUACCGGAUUUCUUCUGCCUGGCGAAAGAGGAGUGAAGAGCUGAUGGGAAAGAUUGGUUUCUAGUGUUGGACCAGUUUGUUUCCAACAAGCAUCAACCAUGCAAGAUCAUAUACUUACAGCUUUUCUGGUUGUUUCUCUCCUCUUUGCAUGCAUUCCUCCUGCCAAGAGUGCUGAUCUGAACUCCGACAAGCAGGCUCUUCUUGCAUUUGCUGCCUCACUGCCACAUGGCAGGAAGCUCAACUGGAGCUCUGCAGCCCCAGUCUGCACUUCAUGGGUUGGGGUGACUUGCACACCAGACAAUAGCCGCGUGCAAACACUACGCCUACCAGCAGUAGGGCUCUUUGGCCCGCUACCCUCAGACACGCUUGGCAAGCUUGAUGCCCUGGAGGUAUUGAGCCUUAGGUCCAAUCGCAUCACUGUUGAUCUCCCUCCUGAAGUAGGAUCCAUUCCUUCUCUCCAUUCCCUAUAUCUUCAGCAUAAUAACCUAUCCGGGAUCAUACCGACUUCCCUUACUUCCACUUUAACAUUUCUAGAUCUGUCAUACAACACUUUUGAUGGAGAAAUCCCAUUGAGAGUGCAAAAUCUCACUCAACUUACUGCAUUGCUUCUCCAGAAUAACUCUCUUUCUGGACCCAUCCCUGACCUCCAACUCCCAAAAUUGAGGCAUUUGAAUUUGAGCAACAAUAACCUCAGUGGGCCAAUACCACCUUCCUUGCAAAGAUUCCCAGCCAAUUCCUUCUUGGGGAAUGCUUUUCUAUGUGGGUUUCCUUUACAACCUUGCCCUGGGACUGCACCUUCACCUUCUCCUUCUCCAACAUCACCAUCACCCGGCAAGGCCAAGAAGGGCUUCUGGAAAAGGAUCAGAACUGGUGUUAUAAUUGCACUUGCUGCCGCAGGAGGGGUAUUGUUGCUAAUCUUGAUUGUUUUACUCUUGAUAUGUAUUUUCAAGAGAAAGAAAAGCACAGAACCUACUACAGCUUCUUCGUCAAAAGGAAAAACUGUUGCUGGUGGAAGGGGAGAAAAUCCUAAGGAGGAGUACAGCAGUGGUGUUCAGGAAGCUGAGAGGAAUAAAUUGGUUUUCUUUGAGGGCUGUUCAUAUAAUUUUGACCUAGAGGAUUUGCUGAGAGCUUCAGCUGAAGUCCUUGGAAAAGGGAGUUACGGAACUACUUAUAAAGCUGUUCUUGAGGAUGGCACCACAGUUGUGGUCAAGAGAUUGAAGGAGGUGGUCGUGGGGAAGAAGGAUUUUGAACAGCAGAUGGAGAUAGUUGGCAGGGUUGGCCAGCACCAGAAUGUUGUCCCAUUGCGUGCCUACUAUUACUCCAAGGAUGAGAAGCUACUGGUGUAUGACUAUAUCCCAUCUGGUAGCCUUGCUGUUGUUUUGCAUGGGAAUAAAGCUACUGGAAAAGCUCCAUUGGAUUGGGAGACGAGGGUAAAGAUAUCUCUUGGUGUGGCUCGUGGAAUUGCUCAUCUUCAUGCUGAGGGAGGCGGGAAGUUCAUCCAUGGCAACCUCAAGUCAUCAAACAUCCUUCUGUCACAGAACCUCGACGGCUGUGUCUCUGAGUUUGGGCUGGCACAGCUUAUGACCAUUCCACCAGCUCCAGCACGCCUUGUCGGAUAUCGUGCACCAGAAGUCCUCGAGACUAAAAAGCCAACCCAGAAGUCUGAUGUCUACAGCUUCGGUGUGUUGGUCCUCGAAAUGCUGACAGGAAAAGCGCCUCUGAGAUCUCCUGGACGAGAGGACUCCAUUGAGCACUUGCCAAGGUGGGUGCAGUCUGUGGUCCGGGAAGAAUGGACCGCGGAGGUUUUUGACGUCGACUUGUUAAGGCAUCCCAACAUUGAGGAUGAGAUGGUUCAGAUGCUCCAGGUUGCAAUGGCAUGUGUUGCCGCCCCCCCUGAUCAACGGCCAAAAAUGGACGAGGUGAUCAGGAGGAUCGUUGAGAUCCGGAAUUCCUACUCCGGGUCAAGAACACCACCGGAGGAGAAGCAGAAGGAUGAAUCUGCAGCGCCAUGAGCGCCAUUGUUUAGCAAAGGUAGCUGCUAGCUAGGCUGCAUAGUUACUGGCUUAUAGAGAGCUUCAGCAAAGUUGAUAGCCGCUUGCUUUAGUGAGGUUUUUCUGCUGAUUUCUGAUCUUCUUUAGAUAAUUUUUUUUGGGAUUUAAUUCUCACAGUAGUGAUCUGUUGGUCAUUACCAUUGUUCCAUUCCAGUUAAAUCAGUAGCUCUUCUGAUUUUUCAUAGGGUGAUGUUCAGUGUUCUGUAAUUUGACAUGCCUUUUUUUCCAGUGUGAUUAAUGAAUUGAGUUUUCCUUGCGAU